UUAAAGAAUAGAAAAAUAUAUUAAUAUUUAUUUAUAAAGUGACAUUAUUAAAAAAUAGUUAUUUCUUGAUUUGAUUCUUAUCAAGUGCGUGUCUGUUACAGAAAUAGAGGGCCCACGAUGUUUGUAUCAUUAGUAAAAUACAAAAUUACUGCUUGUAACACAACCACAAAUUAAAACCAACAGGAGACUUUCAGCCAAGUCAGGUUCCAAGACAUCCACAAGGAUAGGACCACCAACCGUUUCCUUCCCCUAAUUAAGCUCCUCUGCUUAUUAUAUAACCCCUACCCCUACCUCCUAUCUCCCUCUCUCAAACUUAUUCUUCCCAGCAAUAGAACACAAGAAGAACACAAUACUCUUGUGUUGUGAGGAGAUCUCUUUUGCAGUGAGGGCGGUUUUUCCGAUUAAUGGGGAAAACCGCUCUAAUACAAGAUUCCCAACCUCAUCAAAUCAUCUAUGCUGAAAUCUCAAGACUUGUGGAAAUAUUUUCGGUUCUGCAUGCAUCUUGAAGGACCCGGAUUUUCAAAUUAUGGGCUGGGUUUUGGCGCCGGAUUCAGAACUGAAGAGGCAGAUUUACACAUCCCAUUUUUCCAUAAUAGAAAGAGCAGAAAAGAUGGCCAGAGAUUGUCAAUGUGCUACUCUUCACUCUGAUGAAUGGGUGCAAGGGAAGUUGGUUGGAUCAGGGUCUUUCGGCAAUGUCCACCUGGCCAUGAGCAAAGCCACUGGUGGACUUUUUGUUGUGAAAUCUUCGCAGUCUGAGGCUAGACUGGAGGCAUUAGAGAAUGAGGCUAGAAUCCUCCAGAGUUUGAAUUCCAGGUAUAUUGUCCGGUGUAUAGGGAUGGAUUUCACGAGUGGAUCAAAUGGUGGACACAAACUCAAUGUCUUUAUGGAGUACAUGGCAGGGGGUAGUUUGUCAGAUGUGGCAGAAAAAUUUGGUGGGGUGCUAGAAGAAAGGGUGAUUAAGUUGUAUACAAGAGAGAUUCUUCUUGGUAUUAAGUAUCUUCAUGAGAAUGGAAUCGUGCAUUGUGACCUUAAGAGCAAGAAUGUGCUUUUAGGUUCAUCCGGGGAUAUCAAAUUGGCCGAUUUUGGUUGUGCAAAGAGGUUGCAGGGAUUUAUGGGUAAUAGGGGUCUAGCAGCACGUUCAGGGCAAUCUAUGGGUGGGACUCCAUUGUGGACGGCUCCUGAAGUUCUGAGAAAUGAAGGGUUGGAUUUUGCUUCGGAUAUUUGGUCACUGGGAUGCACGGUGAUUGAAAUGGCAACCGGCAGGCCUCCUUGGGGUGAUGAGUUCUUUAAUCCAAUGGCUGCAAUUCUAAAGAUUGCAUGCAGCGAUGAGACACCUCAGUUUCCGACCCAGUUCUCAAAGGAGGGGUUGGAUUUUUUGGCCAAGUGCUUGGACAGAGAGCCCGAAAGAAGGUGGAGAGCUGAGGAGUUGCUUAACCAUCCCUUUGUUUCUAGGAAUUCAACGAGGACACAUACAAGGCAAGAACCAGCAUGCUCUCCAGCAAGUAUCUUCGACUUUGGGAUUUAUGAUUCAGAUGAUUCAAAGAGCGGUAAUGCAGAUGAGUUCCGAAGCAAAAAUGCAUUCUCACGGUCUCUGUGUUGUUGUGGUGAGAGAAACAAAACAGUAAGAAGAGAGCAGACAGAGAGCGAAUCGGCUUCAUCGGAGAUUUGGAUUACCGUUAGAUCCCAUGCUACCUGUUGAAGUUUGGGCCAGAUCAUUUGGAGAAAGACGUAGAUUUAUAGUGAAAGUAUAAACUGAUUUGAAUGUACAGCUCUAAUUCUAAAGUAGAGAGAGCUAGGUUGCCAAGUUUGUCAGUUCUUUUCCUAGAGCAUUUUAAUUUUUUCCUUUGACAGUAUCAAGCUUUUGCUUUGGAUUUUACGCCCUCGUCAAGUUUCUAAUUUUAGCAAAGCUUAUGUCCAAACUUUCCCUGAGAUUCUAAUUGUUGCAAUCAAGUCCAUGCAUUUUGCUCCAA